GUCAAAGGAAUGUGCACCGGAAACCCAAGAGUGCAGCAGCACAGAAACCGCCGCUACCGCCACAAGGCCAUCCUUCCGCUCCCUCUCGGGGAUGGUGUCGUCUUCACCCGGAUUUCGAGUCGCGGUUCUCUAAGGGGCGUCCUGGCGGCCCCCGCCGCGCCGCCCCGUGGGUCCCGCCUCGGCUUGCAAGCGCAGGAGAGGCGGCACGGAGACUCGAACACGUCGCCAGUCGGCUCCGGACCCCGAAGUGUCACUGGCGGGCGGCUCCCAGCGGACUCGGGCGGCGGGGCGGGCGCCGCUGCUACCCCGCCCCGGGGCGGCGCCCAGCUCGGAGCUCGCGGCCCGGCCCGGCCCCGCUCAGCCGCCGCCGGAGCCCAGCGCCGCCGCCAUGUCUUCCGGGGCCAGCGUGAGCGCCCUGCAGCGCGUGGUGGAGCAGCUCAAGCUCGAGGCCGGCGUGGAGAGGAUCAAGGUCUCCCAGGCGGCCGCCGAACUCCAGCAGUACUGCAUGCAGAACGCGUGCAAGGACGCGCUGCUGGUGGGCGUGCCAGCCGGAAGCAACCCCUUCCGGGAGCCCCGCUCCUGUGCUUUGCUCUGAGCACCGGGAAGAAGUUCGCCGAGCAAUGCCUUCGAGCACAAAGUGAAGAAUGACUGCCUCCAAGUCUCUAGAAGACAUUUCCUGCAGCCGAAUGACUUGUAGACGUUUCAGACCUUCCCUGUGGCCUGGGCCCAUCUCCAAAGUCCCACAGAAAGGAAUGAGUUUCUACUCAGAUAAAGGAGCCCAGUGACAAUGGCCUGAUUGGCAUGGUGAAGUGCUUUAUAGUAAGACAGACAAAACCCUUACCACCAAAUACACCAAGUCACACACCUUCCGCGAGUGAAUGAGUGGUGUUUCUAAACCUGGAAUGUGUUGUAUGUACUGAAUAUUUACAUUUUAGGGAGAAAAACAUUUUUGUUUAUUAAAAAAUGAGUAUUUGUAAGAUUUUGAUACCAUAAUAAAAUUUUUUUCUCAUGAAUUUACAGCCACUAAGUAAAGAUAAGAAAGGAUAAAAUUCGGGGGCAGAGUAGGUUUUACUAAUCAAAUGAUGUCUUGAUUUUUCUAAAGGAGAAAAUUGUUUCACUUAUAACACUAAACGUGGGAGAUGUUUCAUAGGAAACUUGUUUGGCAAGGUUAACGUUAUCUUGGGUAUUAGGUUGCCCCAUUCUGUGUAUGAAGAAGAUUUGAUCUUUGUCUUGUUAAGUUCACUUACUUUGUAGUUGUAGCUGUACUUUUAAAGAAUGCCUUUAAAAAAUGUUUAAAAUGUGACCUACACACAGAGCGUUGCACAUGAUUAAAAACAAAGUAAUGUAAAAAUAUUAAUACCUAAAAUAAUUCUUCACGUCACAAAUGUUCUACUCUGAUGAUGUGCCUUUGAGUUAACAUGGGACACUUUUAGGAUGCUUUGUGCUUUAAUGUUUGAAGAGCUUGGGAAUAAAAAUUUCUGAUUAAUUAGUCAUUUUCUAUGGCA